UGAAGCUGGUAUUUCGGUUGUGCCUGAACCCCCGCCAUGAGGCUGAACUCUGGCCUUUCUUGUCUGCCUUGCACAAGAAAUUAUCACGGGUAUUAUUAUCUCUUCAUGCUUCAGCCUCGCAACUCAUUCAUCCUCUCCAUCUCUAGUCAUUUUGUUCCCGCAUUUUAGUCCUAGAAUCUAAAACACAGGCUUAUUUUUUGUCUCUGCCAUAUGGUUCGAUCCUUGAGACGAAAACUACCCUAUGCCAUCCUAAUCCAGGAGCGCGACCGAUGAAGUGGAGACCCCAGGCUCUCCUCACUAGGAAUGAUGUGUCAUCUUCCAGAAGGAGAUGGCAGCAACAGGUUGAGGCUUUCUCCGAGCUGGCGGAAUACCUCACCAAUGGUCAUCCUCACCCUAAGUCAUCAUGGGUUGAGGCACUGAGAGUAUCAACUGCUGGCGUUGCGUCUGAGACUUCCAUAGGCGAUGAACGCGAUAAUCUUCUGCGCGAUUUGAUUAACGACCAUGUGGAAAAAUCGCCGUCGACUCGAGAUAUCGCUGUGCUUUCUUGUUUCUCCGCCUUUUCUCCGUUUCUUGCAUCGAUGUAUCUCCUAGCGCUGAAGGACUUAACUGCAGAGCGAUACCUUCGCUGUGUUGGCAUCGCCUAUCAGUUAAGGCCCGCGAUAGUUGGUGAAGAGGAGAUAAGAGUCGUCCGGGCACUUUUGGUGUUACUAUCAAGCCAGCAAAGACACCUUGACUGGAUUAGGCAACUGACUGAAGCCCUUAUCGCUCGGAUAGUGACAAAGUUCAUAACCAACGACAUUAUAUGGGCUGUCCUGGCAAUAUCGAGCACUCGAUCGCGGGUUGAGCGUGAGGUGCCUCAUUUCAUCCAGCAACGAUGUUUUGCAACCCUAUACAACACAUGUUCCUGGCUUCAGGAUAUCAACGAAGAAACAGUCGGGAAUGAGGUUUUGCAGCUACUUGAUGACUUCUUCCCGAGCUGGCAUCUCCUAAAAAUAUGGCGUCCAAAACUGGAACGGAUUCGUGAAUGGGAACAUGCAGACUUGGAUGAUGAGCAACGGGUGAAGCUGCUACACAUCUACGACUUGGAUGGUCCCGACAUGGUUGCUCGAGCGCACGAGAGUCUGCAGUUGCUUGAGCCAACCUGCUACGAGCGAUUAUAUGUACGCCCACAAGACUUGGCGACUCUUGAUAGAGUCCUCGAUAUCCUCUACCAAGCUCAUUGCGUCGGACGUGCCGCCAUCGACUUGUUCAUCCACACCUGCAUUGAGCCGUCCCCUGACGUUGACGGUAUGGCCCUACUCGAAUUGGGUGUAGCCACAAGAGACAACGGUUUGUGCCAGGCACUGGUAUGCCUACUCAAAAAUUCACAUCAACACUCGACUCUAGAAGACCGAAUCGUAUUCGUGAUCACUACCCUCACAAACUUGACCUAUGCCGUUUUCGAACGAACCAGUACCAUUACACCGCACGGCAUAGCCGAUCUCACAACGGAUACCCUUAAGCAAGCUCAAGAUGUCUUUCGUGGUCAAUUGUUAGACGGUUUAACCGGCGAGUAUGUUGGAAUGCUCAUUUACGAUCUGGGCUCUGCGAUAUGCCGCGCUCGCUGGGUGCAUGAAUAUGUUCCAUCGGGAGUCAUUAAGCGCUUCUCUAGGAUUCCACCACGGGAUAGUGUUGAAGCAAUCUUCCACCAUGUCCAAGAGACGGGUAAUCGCGACGGAUUCCGCUUCAAGUCCUUCCUGGAGAGCAUCAUUGGUGGACUUGAAAUAUCCACCGGUAAGCAAUUUACGCUGGAUGAAAUCCAAAAGGAAGUACAAUUCUGGCGAACGUCUCCUGACACAAGUCGAGCGGAUUUUGCACGCAUAAUUGGGAGAGUCAAGAGCCUAGAAUACGCUUGGUAUACUGAAUGUCUCUCCGUCAUGCUCGUAGAAGUUGACUUGUACGUGGAUGAAAUGAGGCACCUGUUACAGGCGGGUAACAUACAGAGCGUCCAAAAUUUUGCGAAAUACAUCAAAGAACGCCGUCACCUGAACCAGUUGGAAAAUCCCUGCUGGCUUCUAUUACUCACUGCCUUGAUUCAAGAGCAAGGUGAUGGGUAUCUAGAGAAGGUCGCGAAAUCGAUUGAGCUCGAUCAGUGGCAGACAUAUGUCCUCGACUUGAAAAAUUUGAUCGAUCCAGUUCGCUCCCAUCUCCCUAUUUCAGGGACUGGACUUACCCAGGAGCAACUGCAAUGGUGGGACAAAGUGACUCAACCCCCAAAUGCCGUUGAUUUCAUCCUUGAAAGUCAAUUUGGGCGACGAGAAUUUGUAUGGAUCUAUUUCCCAAGCAAUCAAGCACAUUUUGGACAGCUCCUCGACAUUUUUCAGAAUAGGGUCAACCGGACACAACUAACCCGACAAAUCUUGGCCCACAUUGGUCAUGAUGGUAGUCAAGUUGAGCUGGUCCUCAAUUGUUUGCUUGCUAUUCAAAAGGUCACUGUUCGUGGGAGACAAGUUUGCGAGUCAGUGCUAGUAAGGCUGAGAGACGGGUGGCCACCAGAAGGUUUAAACGGCCUGAUCAAUGCAUGGCGACAUCUCCCAGAAAAUUCCAGCCAAGAUUCAGAAGCGUUCCUCUGCAUACAAAACCUUCUCUUCCCGAACGGUUCUGUUCUACCUACCCCAUUCUUGAUAAGGGCUACAGUUACUCGGCUCCUGGGGGCUCAUGACUCUCUGAUUCGUCGAGCAAGAGACCUAGAGACGCUGCGAGUACGACUGCGGCGUCAGGAGCCAGGGCGGGCUGACAGGUUGCUUGACCGAAUUGGCGUGGAGAGCCCAAGAGGCGGACGAUCGAUCAACGAAAACUUGAACGGCAACUUGACAGAAGCUGUCGAGACGAUCUUGGAUGGACAUGGCGAGUAUGAGAUUAGCUUCCCUCUCACGACUCUUGGAGAUCUUCAGCGCCGCGCAAGAGGCAUACCUGCUCAUGCUCGAAUCCUCAUUGUCCGACUCUGCUUGCAAAGCAAGCGUGGAACCGAUCUAGCAGCACGAUUCUGCAUCCAUUACCAUCCCCAGGAUGAUGACCUUGCCCAUCACGAGGUCUGGGACUCCCCGGAAGUUCGGCCAACUCAAUGGCUUUGCAAUAAACCUAUGGACCUGUUUACAUGUACCAUAGCGGUACAAGUUCAUGGAUUUCUCUUAAACACUUUGUCGACAGGCCAAACCAUCCUCAAAGAUAUCCACUCACUUGUCGAAAACCUCAUCAAUCAGUCUCCACACUCUUGCGUGCUCUGUUCCAGAUCUCUAUCUGUCAAACUUUGGAAGCCAACGUCCUGUUCUCAACGCUGCUCCACCAACCUCCGGAAGGCAUCGCUUGAAGUCCAGUUGCACAAUCUGAUUGUUGACCCGCUGGCUGUGGACCUCCUGCUUACCAGUAUCUACGCCGCUGCUACGGACACCGCACCUAUCGAUCUUCUCCCUGAUUGUCCCCUACUUCCAUCGCGACUCAGGUCGAUAAUUGACUCUUUACCGCCACUUGCAACCCUUCAAACUGCCGAUGACCUUUACACUGCAAUUCAUCUCAGCAGCAACGAUGGUUACGGCAAGGACCGCGAGGAUCUACUUUUAUGGAUGUGCCUCAAGUUCCGUGGUUUCAUGCUUUCAGUGCCCGAUGGUUUCCGCGUCCCGAGCAUGGGACACUCUAAACAGUUCAUCCUUCUCAACUCGCACUACGAACGCGAGGUUCAAUACCAAGCUCAGACUGGUGCCUCCUUGAAUAGCAACAUCGCGUUCCACGGCACGACCGCAUCACGCUUAUUUUCUAUCCUCGCCAACGGUCUUCGGAUUAUGCACGGGCGGGCCAUUUUGCAUGGCUCCACCUAUGGGUCAGGAAUAUACCUCGGCGACGACCAACGGACCUCCAUUCACUUUUCUGGAAGUACGGGACAAAGCUGGAGGCACAGCGCACUGAACAACUUAAACGUGAUGUUGGGGUGCGAACUUGCGGCGUAUGCACCUAGCCCACAUGGAAAAGUCCACCUGGUGACGGAUGAGAAGCGAGUACUGGUAAGAUACGUAUUUUUGCUGCCUCCGAAUUACGUAUGCCCGCCGAGACGCCAUGUGGAGCCGGCAAUGCAGGUUGCAUGCGCGAUGCUGAGGUCGGGGAUAAAUCAUUGAAAGGGAAUUGAAGUAAACAACUUCUGGGCAGAUAUUAACGGAGAUGGCGACAAGUCGAUUUCAUUUAGUUGUCCAAUUCAUUGUAAAGUACCGGUACCAUUCAAAAAGAGAUUGUCAUAUUUUCAUCCCUUACAGACAGGUGUCCAUGCUCUGUACAACAUCCGGAUCCGCUCAAUUUCUAGGAGCUGUGCCUCUGUCGACCUAUAAUUCAAACCCUGCGUAUCUUUUGGUACAAGAAAACCAUUCUGCAAAACUUUCUU